UUCAAAACUUCCCGCCCUCGAUGCAGCCUUAGCAGGGCUGCCGUUUGCACGGCAUCAACAACUUCUAUGACUCCGCGGCGUUUGCUUCUAGGCGCAUCGCGAAGAAGCACUAGGACGAUGAACGGGCUGCGUGUGUCUACUCUUUAAAUCGAUAGCCGUACGACCUUCGCAAACGGAGUUGAUUCUGCUCCUUAUUGUCGUUGAUAUAGUGUCAGAAAUGAGUGGCAUUCGGGUAUGGCUGGACAUGUCGGCCCUGUUUUCCGACGUGCGCCAACAGAGUUGUGUCUCCGUGCAUCACGACAAAAUGCCGACCGUAAAAGACGUCCAGGACCACAUUCGCCGGGUGUUUGGUAUUGACAAGACUUUCCAUAUUCUCAAUGACGGCUUUCUCCUACCGCCCUCGGAGAGUUCUUUAAUUUUGCGUGAUAACGACUGCAUCAGCAUUACGACAUCUGACCAGAAAUCUACUGAGAUGAAGCAAGAGAGCAGACCUAAACAAUCUGAAGAAAGAACGCCGGGGAAAAUUACCAUUCCAGAUGCUUUUGCUGUUGCUGGUACACUGACCGAUGAACCUGCACAGUCCAACGGCAUUGUCAAACCAACUUCAUUUGAAAACAUGACCAUUAGUUUUUGUCAUAGCCGUCAGGUAUCUGUGCAGCCAGCGCCAUCCGAGCAGUCAUUUCCAAAUAAAGCAGCACCAGCUUUGCAGACUUUUCCAAAUACGCCAGCACCACCUCUGCAGACAUCUCUAAAGGCACCAGCACCACCCCCACAGACAUCAAAUGGACACUCAGUUAAUGAAACACCUAGUCAAGACCUAGAUUCAAACAGUGAAACAGAUUCUGGUCGAAAACGUAAAAGAAUUCGCAGGAGGAAAAAGAAGCCGUCUCAAGAUGGUGAACCAAAAGCUAAAGAGGUUCGGCUAAGCCCUUACAUUCUGAACAAAUAUAAUCAAGGUGUGAGCCAUGUACUCAACUCAUCUCUGGCUAAGCCAAGUAAUAAAAAGCAUAUUUUCUUUCAAGAUGAACAUGAGAAAGAGAUGGAUACCAAUGUAGAAUUGUCUGGCAAUGAAAAUUUAGUUCCAGCCCCAACACUUGGGUCAUCUACUGUAGGAGAUCUCUCCAAACUAAUGUCGCUUGGAAAUCAAAAAGGGCCUGCAGUGUUUGAAAGGAAGAAAGAUCAAGCAACAUCUGAAUCCAAAGCAGAAACACUUAAGCCAGUCUUGCCAGUGCCAGAAAAGCCUGCUGUACCUACUGCCCCAAAGCUUGUUACAUUGGACUCCUUACCUGUCAAAGAAACAACAAUUAAAUUUAAGAUUUUAAAGAUGGUGAAUUAUUCACCAGUAGUAUCUGAGGAAAUUACAGCAAGAGUAAUUUCACCUGAUUUCACAUCAAAUCAGCUAUUUCUACAAAUUCUAGAGGGAUUAAGUGAAUUGCAGACAGAGAGGGGCAAGUUCAGCUUAGAUGACGGCGAAGGAGAAGAAGGGGAUUCCGCCCCAAGUGAAUAUGUGUAUCUUAAUUUUCUAGACAUGAUUGAAGCAAGAGCGGUCCAGUAUCAUUAAUAUUAAUUCUAUCCCCCUCAAGGGAGUAAAACUUUCAUUUCAACUUGUUUGUUUAUUUUUAUUUUUUUGUCCUCUUUCUGUACUUGCUUUGUCAUCAAUAGUCAAUAAAUAUAUAAAAUUAAGUCACAAA